AUGACAAGAACCCACAAGUGGAACACCCACAAGAAAGAUGCCGUUCCAAGAUAUUUUAGUCGUUCUGGUGGCCACACUGACAUGAACCCUUCAAAGGUCGCAAGAAGUGGUUUUGGAAAACACAAUUGGGGUCAGCCUGGUGACGAAUUAGAUGACGAAGAAGGUUUUGAAGACCAGACCUUCUUCAGCAAGUCCAAUAGACGCAAUUCGAAUCACGCUAUCAAUGAGCAAGCUCUCAAGGAAUUGAACGAAAAGUGCGAUAAAUUGGUCACUGAGGCCUGA